AUGGGAGGAAAAUUCUGCACGGGCAAGCCAAAGGAAACUGGUUCACCUUCAACACCUGUACAGAUCAAAAUAAACUCAGCUUACACAGAACACUUGAGCUCUUACGAAACAGCUUGUAGCGAAGAUCCAAAGCUUGAGUCCUUUGACUCAGCGCUUCACGAACGAACUAACCGAGUCAUCAACAAGCUCGCAUCAGGCGUAGAGCUCAAAUCUUUAUCCUUUGAUUCCCUCAAAGAAGUGACGCAAUGUCUUUUAGAUAUGAACCAGGACGUGGUCAAAGUUAUAUUACAAGACAAAGAAGAUAUAUGGAACAACCAAGACUUGUUUGGUCUUGUCAAUAUGUAUUUCGAAAGCACUGCCAAGACUAUGGACUUCUGCUCUGAGCUUGAGAGCUGUCUCAACCGCGCAAAGAGAAGCCAAGUGAUUAUUCAGUUUGCUGUUAAGCAGUUUGAGGAAGAGGAUGGCAAUAACGAGAAUAAAAAGUAUGAGAAGACUCUUGAGGAGCUUGAGAGGUUUAAGUUAGCUGGUGAUCCGUUUACGAAAGAGUUUUUCGAUCUUUUCGAUUUGGUUCAUAAACAUCAGGUUAUGAUGCUUGAUGAGCUUCAUAAGCUCAAGAGAAGGCUUGAUAAGAAGCUUAAGAACAUCAAAACAUGGAGAAGAGUUUCCAACAUGGUGUUUGUAACCGCGUUUGUCUCUGUUCUUAUCUUCUCGGUGGUUGCAGCCGCUGUGGCUGCACCGCCUGUAGUGGCCGCUAUAGCCGGUGCGUUGGCUGUUCCGGUGGGGUCUGUUGGGAAAUGGUGCAACUCUCUUUGGACUAAGUAUGAGAAAGUGGUUAAAGGGCAGAAGGAGAUCAUCACUUCCAUUAGAAUCGGGACCUAUAUAUCGGUUAAGGAGAUGGAUAAUAUAAGUGUGCUUGUUCGUAAACUGGAAGUGGAGAUUGAGUCUUUGUUGAAGAAUGCCGAGUUUGCUGUUACUGAGGAGAAUGGUGUGAGGCUUGCGAUAGAUGAGAUCAAGAAGAAGCUUGAUGUGUUUACUGACACUAUUGAAGAACUUAGGGAACAUGCGGAUAAGUAUUGUAGUGAUGUGACAAAGGCAAGGACUGUGAUUCUGCAGAGGAUAAUCAGAUACCCUACUGGUUCAACGACUGAAGAAGCUACUUGGACCGAAAUGUUGUCGUGAGAAGGUGGAUUCGGAUUCGUGGUUGGCUUUGGAGAUUGUUGGUUUGUUUUCUUUAGCACAAGUAUUAUUGACAGCUAAAGAUAUGUUACUUGAGUUAUCAAAAGAAGAAGAAAAAGGAUUUAGUAAUCGUAGUAGUUGCCAUGAGGUAACCUUUGCUGAAUGCAUUUACUAAAAUACUUUAAAGAUUUUAUGCGAUUGAUUUUGGAUUUUAUAUAUCAAUCAAUAUUGUAUCUAGAUAUAUGUUUAUGAAUGUCUCGGUGCUUAGUCUAAGGUUGGAGGACUUAAGCUGGAUCCUUAAAGAAUCAAUCAAGCAUUGUUAGUAAAA